AUGUCAACACCGGUCUACGAAGGCCCUGAGCCCAGCUACGGGGCCGAUCACAGGCGUCUCGAACAUGGCCGAUCAUCGACCGACGAGACGAUAGUCGGCGAGAAAAAAGCAAGCGGGGACAAUGGUCGCCUUGGAGUCGAUCCGUCCCUCAACCCUCACGAUCCUGGGCUCCGUUCCCCGUCCCAGACACGGGAGGAGGCCCAUCGCCUGGACGAUGAUCUCGCGGUGCUGCAGGCGGAGCGACAGGUCUCCAGGACCGAAGGUGAGGCCGAAAGGGCAGGACGCGCUUCGUCGGUUCGCAGGUCCCGGUCACGCCGGACGGAGCCGGUGGACGAGUUUGAUGCCGCCACCAAUCCCCUCCACGAGCAGAGUGCCGUCUUCAAACCCCCGGAGAACCCUACCACCAGUUUCGCCCGGUUCGUGAAGAAGGUCCACAACUCCAGCUUUUUGGUCCGUUACUUUACCUACAUCACCCCGCUGGUCCUGAUCCUCCUGAUUCCGCUGCUGGUCGGCGCCCUCGCCUUCCCGGACGCUGAUGUGGGAGGUGUGAGCCUCAUGUGGUUCGCCGUAUGGCUAGAGAUCUUCUGGCUCACCCUGUGGGCCGGACGAAUCGUGGCGAAAUGCAUCCCCGUCCCCGUCGGCAUUGUGGCCGGCGUGUUCACUAACAACGCGAAGAAGUGGAGGGACCUCGCGAAGCAAUUGGAGUUUCCGGCGACCCUGUUUUUCUGGUGGCUUGCCGUGGAAAUCUCCUUUCUUCCCACGAUGAAAAACCACCACAUCGAUGGAAACAAGGCAACCAAGCACUGGGAACUCGUCGUCAACAAAAUCAUCAUUUCUAUUUUCGUCGGAACGACGCUCAAUUUCAUCGAGAAGAUCAUCAUCCAGCUAAUUGCCAUCAGCUUCCAUCUCAGGACGUAUGCGGAUCGAAUCGAGCUCAACAAGUUCCAGAUCGGCAGCUUGACUAAGCUUUACGAUUUCUCCAAGAAGAAGAUCACCAUGGAAGACCGCGACUUCGAAGAGCGGCCCAAGGAUGGGCGAAGCUCUGGCACUCGAACUCCCAUGAUGUACGCCGAUAGAGCCACAAGGGUCGCCAGGGAGGCGCUCCACAAGGUUGGCGAUGUCGCUGGCGCUGUUGCCGGUGAUUUUACCGGAAGGAAAGUCAACAAGAGCAACCAUCCCUACCAGGUUGUUCUCGCUCUGCUAAACACCACCAGCGGCAGCCAAGUCCUUGCCCGCAGACUGUACCGUACUUUUGUUCGAGAGGGGUUUCAAACUGUUUUCUCAGGCGACUUGAAAGCGGCUUUUGAGAAUGACGACGAAGCCGAUGCGGCCUUCAACAUGUUCGACAAAGACAUGAACGGGGAUAUCUCGAUGGAGGAACUGGAGGCUGUCUGCGUCGAGAUCGGCAGGGAACGAAAGUCGAUCACGGCGUCGUUAAAAGAUCUCGACUCCGUCGUGUCCAAGCUGGAUGACGUUUUCGUUUUCAUCGUGGUGAUCAUUACGAUUCUAGUGUUUCUAUCUCUCAUCUCGACCUCUGCUGCGGGUGUGCUCGCCUCGGCUGGGUCCACACUCCUCGCGCUCUCCUGGCUCUUCUCUGCUACCGCGCAGGAAUUCCUCCAAAGCAUCAUCUUUGUCUUCGUGAAACAUCCCUUUGAUGUUGGUGACCGCGUCUCGAUCUACGGCAACACCGGAGCCAAUUUGACGGGAGACGAUUAUUUUGUUAAGGAAAUUGCCCUACUCUACACCGAGUUCAAGAAGAUGGAAGGUCACGUCGUCCAGGCUCCUAACAGCUACCUCAACACGCUGUUCAUCCUCAACCAGCGCCGCAGCGGUGGGCUUGCCGAGGCCGUCCCAAUCAUCAUAAAAUUCGGCACCACUCUCCAACAAAUCGACGCUCUCCGUCAACGCCUCCUCGAGUUUGUCCUUUCCGAGAAAAGGGAAUAUCAGAGCAAAGUCUUGACCGAGUUGAGACAGGUAACGGAGAAUUACUCUAUCACGCUCAAUGUGGUCUUCUUUUACAAGUCCAACUGGCAAAAUGAACUUCUCCGUCUGCAACGCCGAAACAAAUUCAUCUGCAAUCUGAUGAUCUCCCUGCAAGAAGUGGGCAUUGAAGGCCCACGCAUGAAUUUGGUCGGUUAUACAACGGAUCUACCUUAUCAUGUCGCGCAAGGUGGAUCAGCGCAGCCCACUCCUACUGGAGACGAGUCAUCCAACUCGCCGCCACCGCCACCAGCCGCGGAUCCCCAGCAGCUCGCCGAAGCUCGUGAUGCCCUAGGUGAGCUUGGCGGUGGAUAUUCCACCGGCGUUCAUCCCCGCCCAUCUAUCCUCCGUCGUCCCGGUGCGUCGACACGCGGUCGUGGCGAUUCGAUAAACAAGCAUGUCGAUUUUUCUUUAGGCAUGUCUGAGCUGAGCUCUGCCGACAUGAUGUCGGACGUGUACGCCGACCGCGAACGGAAUCGCGUAGACGAUAUCAUCCGUUCUGCUAACCGCGAGAGUGCCGAACGACGCAUCCAAGAGCAGCAGGAACGUGAGUCCCUAGAGCGUAGUAGGUCUCAGCAAUACCGCCCCUCGAUAGAUUCCCAUCGCUCUGGUAUGGGAAGCACAACGUCUUCGGUCCACAGGAACCGCUUCUUUGGCCGGCUUGGAGGUCGAGCGGGCCCACAUCAGCAUUCGACGCGAGGAUUCCAGGGUGACGAUGACAUGAUGGAGCAAGGCCAGUACGCUGGUUUACCGACCAACCCGGAAGAAUCUUUGGCCAAGAUGGAUCCUCGGACGGGCAACGUCUCGUCUCGGGCUGUGCAUGAUGACGAGUUGGGCCGGCAGAGGACCGGGAGUGACGCUGAGCUAAUGCAAGCGAGGAGUUCGGACCGGGUGAGCGAAGAGUAUGAAAUGGGUAGACUUGGUGGCAGGCCGUGAACGCUAAGGCCCGCGCCCUUCCUAACACUUCAUCCUCCUCCUUUUU